AUGUCCGCUCCGCUUUCCGCUGAAGAUAAUGAUAUCUUCGGACGUCUUCAACAGCGUACGGAUCCGAAGGUGCUGGAAGAACAGCAGCAAGCUGUCAACGAGCGAAUUCAUGCUAUAUACCAGAAGGCCCAAACGCGUCUCGGGGAAUUGAUUGACCAGAAUUCUACUUUGCCAUGUGCCAUCUCGUCAAUUCAGGUGCUCAACGCACCGCAUACUCGCAGAGGCUUUCUGGAACGGAUAUUUAAUCCUUUACUGAGCGCUAAUAAGGACAAGGCAUACACACUCUCCGAGGCCUUGCGGGAAGUGUCGGCCCGGGCUGACAAGCUCAACAGGUUUGAUAUCUUUCAGCAGCCAAUUUCUAUAUUCUUAGACCAGUCAUCGGGACCGGAUGCGUCAUCGGGACUGACAAAUCUCGACGUCUAUCUGUCUGUCAAAGAGAAAUCUCGCGUUUUGCUGAAGACAGGGACUGAUCUUGGAAAUGCGGAAGGUUCAGCCUACGGUAAUUUGCUUUGGCGCAAUGUUUUUGGGGGAGCGGAGUCUCUAAAUUUGAACGCCUCGAUGGGCACAAGGACUAGGUCUGCUUAUCAAGCGGCUUUCGAGACCCCCAUUUUUAGUGACCCUGACUUCCGUUGGGAACUGGGUGGAAUAUCCAGUUCGACUCAAAAGGCAUGGGCGAGCCAUGAAGAAGUUCUCAAGGGGGCCUGGACCAAACUUCGGUGGGUGAGUAAAUCGGGACAUCUCAAUGAGCUAGGCUAUAGUGGUUUCUGGAGACAGGUUACUGGGCUAGCUGAGAACGCAUCUCCCACCGUGCGGGCGGAUGCAGGUGACAGUGUGAAGAGUAGUGUCUUCCACAGCUGGGUCAAUGACAGACGUGAUAACGCCCUUCUCCCAUCUUCUGGCUAUUACUUGAAGGCUUUCAAUGAGUUGGCUGGGUUGGGACCAUUGAAGGGAGAUGUCUCUUUCUGGAAAUCCGAAAUUGAAGCUCAAGGGGCAGUGCCAAUCCCAAUAAUUGGGAUCAAGGGAAAGAGCGGUGUCAGCCUGACCACUGGAUUUCGGGCUGGCAUUCUCUAUCCUCUUGGUUUUGAUUCUAGUUCAAAGCCUCAGCUUUCCCGCAUCAACGAUCGUUUCGUGCUUGGAGGUCCUACUGACGUUCGUGGUUUCCGACUCUGCGGUCUUGGACCUCGUGAGGGCUCAGAUGCUCUGGGAGGCGAUGUAUACGCUGCUGGAAGUGCGAAUCUUUUCGUUCCCCUCCCACGCGUGGGCGCCGACAAACCUCUGAGACUGCAAGCAUUCGUGAACGGUGGCCGGCUUUUAUCUUUACGGACUUUAGAAAAGAACACACCUUCCACAAGCGCGGAGGUCAGCAACGCUGCCGUUUCUACGUUGUCUGAAUUAGCGAAUGGACUUCCGAGUGUUGCAGCAGGUAUUGGUCUUGUCUAUGCGCACCCUGUUGCCCGGUUUGAACUGAAUUUCUCGCUUCCGCUGGUAUUACGCAAGGGUGAAGAGGGCAGAAAGGGUCUACAACUAGGAAUUGGGAUCAAUUUCCUGUAA